AUGAUUCGGGUAGACCUUUAUCAUCAACCUUCAAAUACUAAAACUGUUUGGUUUUCAAAACGAAACUUUAGAAAACUAAACUUGUCAUGCUUUAUAAAAGAAUUGCAAGUCAUGCCAUGUUGCUUAUCACCUGAAAACAACGCGGACUAUUAUGCUGAACAAAUAAGAUCAAGUAUAGCAACUGUUCUUAAUCAUUUAGCACCUAUUCAAAAAUAUUCAAUGCGACUUUGUAAACAUGAUGACAAAUGGUUAUCUUCAGAUGCCAAGAAUAAAAAAAUCAGACGUCAUAAACUGGAGCAUUAUUAUAGAAAAGCUGGUAGUUUAUCAGAUAAAAAAUUAUAUCGAACUGCAUGCCGUGAGGCAGCAGCAGCAAUUCUCAAAUCCAGAUGUAGUCAUUAUCAGGCGAAACUAAAUUCAGCAUACGAUGAUCAAAAAGAAACAUGGAAGAUUGCUAAGAAAUUUCUACAUUCAAAUAGUUCUAAAACUAAUAACACAAUCCCAGAAGCAAAAUGUGAUAUAACAAGUCAAUAUUUCAUACGCAAACUCAAAGUUAUAAAGAACACUAUCCAGGAAAGGCUUGCAAAAGCCCCAAUAUCUAAAUUUAUCUCAGAGUUAUCUCCCCCUGUAGAUAUAUUAACAACAUUUGGUACAGUCACACCUACAGAUGUGUCAAAAAUAAUCAAAACUCUCAAACCUAAGACAUCGCCACUUGAUAUUAUUCCAACAAACAUCCUUAAAUCUCGUUCAGAAAUAUUUUGUCCAAUUAUAGCUCACCUUGCUGACCUUUCAUUCAAAUUCGGAAUUUUCCCAACUUUAUAUAAAGUUGCUCAAAUAUCACCAAUUCCCAAAAAAUCAGGACUGCUUGCUUUAUCUAGUCUUCGUCCAUACUUAACAUCAUCUGUCAACUUCAAUCCUCUACAUUCUGGUUUUAAAUCUUAUCACUCAAGCGAAACAGCACUCUUAAAGAUAUGUAAUGAUAUUCUGCUAAACAUUGAUGAUGGUUUGACCACUAUUUCCCUAUCUCUGGACAUAUCUUCACCAUUUGAUACAAUCGAUCACAGCCUGCUGAUUACCCGUAUUAAGAAUGAAUUUGGUGUCACAGAUAUUGCAUUAAAAUGGCUAACAUCAUACUUGCACUCUCAAAAAUCUUUUGUUUCUAUUGGAUCAUCAAAUUCUAGACUAAUAGCAAGUUCAACAGGAGUACGACAGGGUAGUACUUAUUUAUUACGGUUUCAUCAUAAAGAUAACAUCAACAAAAUCACUGAGUGUGCUAAUGCAGUAACAACAUGGUUUCUAGAAAAUGGACUUCUGCUUAAUCCAAAUAAAAUAGAAGCUAUUUUAUUUGGAUCUACAAAACAAACUAGCAAAUAUAAAAAUGAUUCGAAUAUUGCAUUUUCUGGAACCACAAUAACUAUAAUAAAUUCAGUAAAAAUCCUUGGAGUCACUCUAGAUUCAAAGCUCUCUAUGGACAAGCACAUAAACAAUACUAGCACAUAA